ACACACACACCAGUAAGCCUGUGUGGGCUGCAGCCUGCUUUGUGGCCAGGGUUAGUUUUGCCCUGUGAGAGUGUGGGUGUGUGUGUGUGGGUGUGUGUGGGUAUCAGACCAGUGGCCAGACCUGAGGUCUGUUUGAGUCUCUCUGAGUGUGUGUGUGGGGGUGCGUGUGUGUGUGUGGUCGUGUCAGCACCUCCAUCCCUGCCUGUUUGCCUGCUGCUAACACCACUGCUGCUCCGCUGCUGCUGCUGGUGGGACCAGAGGGAGCCGAGCAGCAGGACGCCUCCCUGUCCUCCAUCCUCUUCUCCUAAACAUGUUUCGAAACCCAUGGAUCUCUAGUUACCAUGUGAACCAUGCGCAGCACUGUGGCCGAGGAUUUGGAUCUAAAACACCUGCAAAACUUUGCAGCUCAAUCUCCUUACCAACAGAAACCCUAAGCUUCCAGAGUGACUUCUCCCUGGUUGACAGGACCGCCCUGGUCAAGAGUGUCUCAGAUAUCGAUGCCAGGAUUCUGGCUGCCCUUCCCAAAGUUUCAGAGCUAAAGAAACAUUUUGAGACAGCUGUCACAAGGGAUUUGGAAAUGAACCGGAAAGAGAGGAUAGCCCGACGUCUUGAGGGAAUAGAAAGCGAUGCUCCUCCUGCCCUGAUGCCCGGUGGUCUGGUAGCCAACAGGAUGCUGGAGGAGGAUCCCCCCCGUUACACCCGCGCCUCAGACCCCUGUGAGCCUUGUGUGAUGGUGAGGCGCUACAGUCGAGAGGAGCUGGAGGCCCCGCAGAUGCAGGUGUCAGCUCCAGACAGAUCAUCCCGGGUCAGAGGAGGAGUCGGCAGUAGCCGGCCGGAGCCAACAGUGGUCCAUGUUGAGCCUGUCACAUUAUCCACCUCCUCCACACCCACCUCGGGCCCCGCAGACCCUGCCAGUCUUAGCUCCAAGGCCGAGCGCAUCGCCCGCUACAAAGCAGAGCGCCGCCGCCAGCUAUCAGAGCGUUACGGCAUCCUCCUAGACCAGGAGGUGGACAUUGACUACACACCGCGCUACCGUUCCCGCCGCGAGCUGGACACCUCUGAGCGACCAGCCCCUGCCAGGCGAGACAGAGACAGACACGAAGUGGAGGAAGCCGGACGGGAGCCCAGAGUGCCCUACAGCUCUGGUGUGGGCAGGGUUUACAUGCGGACUCACCCGGACCCUGCCCCUACCCCUGCCUCCACUACUAGCCCCUCCACCACAAACCAAGCUCCUCCCCCGACACAGGAGAGGCCCAGCAGGUUCUCAGAGCGAGAGAAGAUGAUGAACAUGGAGAACUACAGGCGUGCGGCGGCUCAGGAGCGCUCUGUCCCACCCAGAACCAGACCCCAGGAACAGUAUCAGUCCCAGGCCCAGCAACAACAGCACCCACACCAACAGGACCCCGCCCACCAGGAUCCAAGCCCCGCCUCCACCAGGGACUACAGCCUAGCAGCGGUGCCCAGCUCCCCCCGCACCGCCCGUCGUGCCUCCUUGCCCUCCACGCGUUACGGCAUCUCACCUGGGGAUUUGUUUAUAGAGCAGCAGGCCCAGAGCAUCCUCAGCAGACAGGGCCUGGCAGCCCUGUCAAAGAGCGACUGGUCUCUUGCCACAGACUCAGAGAGUGACACUCAGUCAGUCAUCAGCUGGCCCUCAAGAAUCCGAGUAAGAGAGCGAUUGUCCAGGCCUGAAGCCAUGCAGAAGCCCUCUGAGCAGAGCCCAGACAGGCAGCAAACCAACAGGCACAGGCAGGGGAACACUGCUGUGGUCACACACUCAGAGCCCACUUUCCAAAGGACUGCUCCCCAACCUGCCCACGGCCAAACAGCCUACCCACCCCACCAGGCUGCCCAUGUCAUGGACCCCCAGCCCUAUUUAUCCAUGCCUGCUCCAGUGGCCACCACCAAUGUACCUGGACCUCCAGAGGUCCAAAAUCGGAGGAGAGUGAGUGCUGAUCAAAUCUAUGCCUCUCACAGGGAGGCUAGGCUGGAGGCCAGACAGGCCUUGAAGGAGGAGGCCCACACAGAAGGCCUGCUGAAAAGCAGGAAAGCCGUGCUGCCUUCAGAGAUUCGCCGGAGAGAGAAGAGUGUGGACGACCCUCAGAGGGGUCGGAAUGAUGAAAUGGAGUGGGAGAGCUACAGUGCGGGGGGAAGGAGGACAAGUCGAGCUGAGGAAGACUGUGAUAAGGAGAGAUCCAGGGAGACAGGGAGGGAGAGGGUGAGGGAAAGGACCAGAGAAAGGGGCAGAGAACAUCACAGGUCCAGCCAUGACAGCCAAGAGGAGAGAAUAUUCAGAUCCAUGGAGCCAACGCACUCAUCUCCACGCCAGCAACCCAGACAGCAGCAAAUCUUGGAGCACAUGCAUCAGCAAGAGGCCCAUGUGCACCACCAAGAGCCCCAAAAGCGACAAUACGGCACCCAAAUUCAUCAGCAGGACUCCCAAAGGCUACGUCAGCAUGAUUCCCUACGAUAUCAGGAAGGGCUUCAAAGACAACACGAGUCCCAAAGACAGCAGGCUCAUGAGAUCCAAAGCCAAGAGCCACAAAGACUGCAACAAGACUCCCAGAAAAAACAACAAGAGUCCCAACUACAGCAGGAGCCUGAGCCUCAGAGGCCACAGCAGGAGCUUACUGGGCAACAGAGGUCUGACUCAGCAGUCUACCUCCAGAAGGGCUCCUGUCUGCCCCAGGCAAGACAUAGGGGCUCGGAGAUGAGCGGAGGCCCCAAGCCCAAGAUAAGAACCCGCUCCAUGUCAGAUAUCGGUGUAAGCCAGCGGUCAGCAGUGUACCGGAGUAUGGAGAGGGCAGAGGGCAGCAGAGAGACAGCGAUGAUGGGUCACUAUGGCAGGGAUGGAGGGGUGGCUAAUGGCGAAGUGGGUGCUCUGGAUACCAGGGUGUCGGUGGCACAACUGAGACACUCUUACCUGGAGAAUGCCAACCGGAAGCCUGAGCUGGAGACUACUAAAGUAGAUCUGUCAGCAAUGGAGGUAGAUCCGGCUAGCAGCAGUGAUCGGGACAGAGGUGUGAGGAGGCCUCGACGCUACAUCACCCCAGGGGACAGUCGCAUGUCGGAGAGGUUUAGGACCCAGCCCAUUACCUCUGCAGAGCGGCUGGAGUCAGACAGGUCCCGUCUAAGUCCAACACAGCUGCAGGAUGCUGAAGAUGAAGAAAAACUUGACGAAAGGGCCAAGAUGAGUGUGGCUGCCAAGAGAUCUCUGUUCAGGGAGCUGGAGAGGACGUCGGAGGGCGGCGUCCCCAAACCUCGCUCUCGUAACGCUGCUGUGGAAAGGCGUCUGAGGAGGGUCCAGGACCGCUCACACACACAGCCCGUCACCAACAGGGAAGUGGUCAAUGCUUCCAGUGAGCCUUCUAUGCCCUCACAACCUGUGGGUGUCCACACCGUGGUGGCCCGCAUCAGUAGUCCCACUGUAGUCAGCACCUCUGUGACUAGCUUCAGCCUGCAGACCUCCUCCUCAGGGGACCAGGAGCUGCAGAUGGAGCUCCAGGAGCCCCAGAAACCAGCUUCAUCUUCUGGACCUGGGGUGGAGGGAGACAGCAAGGAGCUGGUUCAGGACGAUGAACUUUGCACCCUCAGCCUGGCCCAGAAGAUGGCCCUGUUCAACCGCCUCUCCCAGCCCACCAGCAAGCCGGCCGAGGGGGCCGGACCACGGGGGGACACCCGGCAGCGCAGGGCCAACGCCCGCUUCCAGACACAACCCAUCACCCAGGGAGAGGUGGAGCAGCUGCAGAAUGGAGGCGGAGUCAAACUGGAGCCCCUGUCAGCCUCCCUGGUCCGUUCCGUGGCCGCUGUCACCUCCCAAGCCUCGGUCACCGCAGUUACCAUGACGCCAGGCAGCGAAUGUCCAGGGAAAUCCACCGCUGUCCCCUACAGCCCCGCCCAACAACAGCCAGCUGCCUCCAGCACCAGCAGCCACCAGGAGAGGGCGCUGAGGUACUUCUCCAUGACCCAGAGUGGGGACCCAAGCCCCCCUGAGCCUGAGCUCACCUCCUCCCCUCCUCUCCCUGAGAGCCAGGAGAGAGGGGGGGCUCCUACCGCUCCCGCUGCCCGUUUCUCUGCUGGCCACAGGCAGGAGGGAGAGGAGGAGGAGAACGAGGGCUGGAGAGUGAGGCAGGAAGAGGAGGUUAGGGGGAGACAGCGGGGAGGAGCCAGAGAGGAGAGCUCAGGCAGCGGCGGUAAGGGAAAGCUGCACUCCCCUGACAGGAGCAGGGACGGCAGGCAGUUGCAGCAGCCCCAGUCUUCUGUCGACCCCACUUUGUGGAGGGGCGAGUCAGAGCCUCUGCCUAGCUGGAGAGCCACAGAGAGAGACUCCCAGGAGAAGAGGGACAGAGGAAGAGGAGGAGGCUACCUGAGAGAGGCUACAGCAGCGCACGGCUCCUCCACACAGGACCUACAUCAAGCGGAGAGGAGCAGUGGCCAGAGCCGGGCGGUCGUCUCAGACCUUCCAGAUCACCCUGUGUCAUUGAGACCACCGAUAACAACAGUGUCACGUGUGUCUCACGUGUCCAGCUCCCAGCAACAGCACCCACCCCUCAUCCAGCCUCCUCAGACUCUCCCCAAACCCUUCACACAGCACCCUUCUCCACCGCAGCCCAAAGCCCAGGCCUACAUCCAACCACAGCCACAGCCCUCCCAGCCCCCACCCACCCAUCCCAAACCAUUCACCCAGCCAACGCAAACCCCACCCAAACCUCAGAGUUUCGUCCAGCCUCUCCCCAAACCUUACAUCCAGUCAGCCCCCCAGCCAGCGCCCCAGCCUCUCCCUAAGCCCCAGGUGCCUCCCCAGACACUACCCAAGCCCCAGUCCUUCCCCCAGACGCUGGUCAAGUCCCAGUCCCUGCCUCUGGACCACAGCGAGGACUUCAGCAGGCACAGUGUCCAUUCCGGUGAUCUGCUGUCCCCCACAGACUCUGGUGACCCACUGUCUGACAGCAUGUCCACCAAACAGAUGUCUAUCAAAGAGAGACUGGCCCUGUUGAAGAAGAGCGGUGAAGAAGACUGGAGGAACAGGAUCAACAAGAAACAGGAAGUGGUAAAGGUGGCCUCCACCGAGGAGCAGGCUCAGCUAUGGGAGACGGAGCAGACCUACAAGAAGAAGGAGGAAGGGGCGGUCAUUCAAGAGUACUCUGCUGUGUCUGUGUCUGAACAGCUGUGGGAGCCUGUCUUCUCUUCCACCUAUUCUCCUCCUGUCUCCCUUGGCCAAAAGUGUCAGUAUAUUGAACAUCAUAGUCAGAGGAUGGGAGAGGAGAUUGAGGCCCAGAUGACCAUUGAGGAGAGGAAACAGAUGAUUUCGACCCGCGAGGAUGCCUGGAAGACGAAGGGCAAGGGAGCCGCCAAUGACUCUAGUCAGUACACAGUGGCUGCGCGUAUGGUCAAGAAAGGCCUGGCAGCCUCCUCUUCGGUUAUCAGUCCCAUCCUGUCGCCAGUCUCCACCAAACUCAAGAGCAGCAUGCCUGCUGUCAACAAGCCUCAAGAGGAAAUUGAGGCCAGGCCAGACAUGGAGUCAGAUAAGAAACUGGACAAGCUGGAGAGCUUCUUGGGACGUCUCAACAGCAAAGUGGCCGGUUUGCAGGAGACGACGCUGACGGUGACCGAGAAGGCAGUGAAGGAAGUGAUGAAGCUGGAUGACGAGAUCUUCUCCAAGUUCUACCGGCAUGUCGCCGACUUCCCGCGCAUGCCCACCAGGAUCGAGAUCGACGAGGACUUUGACGCCAUCUUUGGCUCUCAGGGCCCAAAGCUGACAUCGGCCAUGGUACAGCACAAGCGGGCGGUGCGUCCGUCCAGGAACGUCCAGGCGUCCAAGAAUCCUCUGAAGAUGUUGGCGGCCAGGGAGGACAUCCGGCACGAGUACACCGAGCAGAGACUCAACGUUGCUCAGCUGGAAAGCAAGAGGAUGAAGGCUGAGAAGAUGAAUAAAAGCUCAGAGUACUCUGAAGCUGCUCUGGCGGGUCUGGCCAGCAAGGAAAACUUCAGCAGCGUCAGUCUGCGCAGCGUCGCCGUCUCCGAGCAGACGUCCAACAACAGCACCGUGCCGUUCAAGGGCCUCAUGCUCCUGCAGGUCAAAGGCCGUCGUCACGUCCAGACCAGAUUGGUGGAGCCCAGAGCGUCGUCGCUCAACAGCGGGGACUGUUUCCUGUUGGUCACUCUGGAGCACUGCUUCGUCUGGAUAGGCGAGUUCUCAAAUGUCAUAGAGAAGGCGAAGGCGAUGGACUUGGCCACCUACAUCCACACUCAGCGUGACCUGGGCUGCAGGGCCAACCGGAUCCAGACCAUCGAGGAAGGCGUCAACCCGCAGGGUCCUGACGCCCAGGAGUUUUGGAGCACCCUGGGAGGACAGGCCGCUUACCAACCGGCGGGCCCACCAGAGGACGAUGAGCAGUUUGAAAACGCCAUCGUGGAAACCAACUGUAUCUUCCGUCUGGUGGACGACAAGCUGGUUCCCGAUGACGACGAGUGGGGUAAAGUCCCCAGGAGCGCCCUGCUGACAUCUAAGGAGGUUUUGGUGUUCGACUUCGGCAGCGAGGUGUACGUGUGGCACGGCAAGGAGGUGACGCUGGCCCAGAGGAAGGUGGCCUUCCAGCUCGCCAAACACCUCUGGAACGGGACGUUUGACUACACCUGCUGUGACAUCAACCCGCUGGACCCUGGAGGCUGCAACACCCUCAUACCCAGGAAGGGCCAGGGCCGUCCCGACUGGGCCAUAUUCGGCAGGCUGACGGAGCACAACGAGACCAUCUUGUUCAAGGAGAAGUUCAUGGACUGGACGGACGUGAAGACGCCGCCACCGAAGAACGGCGGCGAUGCGACACCUGAGCAGAAGGAGGCCCCGGGGCGAGAGUGUCGGCCUUACGAUGCCACCCUGAUGCUCCCCGUCCUGCAGUCGGCCGUCUCCACCAUCCUGGAAGGCACCAAUGUGGGCCGCGGCCACGGUCCCGUGGAGAGCGAGGACCACAUGAGGGUCCUGGAGAUCAGCACGGUGACCGUGGACGUCUGGCACAUCCUGGAGUUCGACUACAGCCGGCUGCCGCGCCAGAGCAUCGGCCAGUUCCACGAGGGAGACGCUUACGUGGUCAAGUGGAAGUACAUGAUCAGCGCCACAGUGGGUCGCAGGCAGAACCCCGAGGCGCGGAGCACCGGGCCGGGGAAGGAGAAGUGCUGCUAUUUCUUCUGGCAGGGCCGACACUCCACCAUCAGCGAGAAGGGAACGUCAGCGCUGAUGACGGUGGAGCUGGACGAGGAGAGAGGGGCGCAGGUCCAGGUGCAGCAGGGCAAGGAGCCUCCAUGCUUCCUGCAAUGUUUCAAUGGAGGGUUGAUCGUCCACGCCGGGAAGAGGGAGGAGGAGGAGGAGAACACGCAGAGUGAGUGGCGCCUGUACUGCGUGCGGGGUGAGGUGCCGGUGGAGGGCCACCUGCUGGAGGUGGCGUGUCACUGCAGCAGCCUGCGCUCCAGAGCCUCCAUGAUCCUGCUCAACAUCAACAAGGCCAUCAUCUACCUGUGGCACGGCUGCAAGACGCAGCUCCACACCCGCUCCGUGGGGAACACCGCCGCGCUCAAGAUCAAGGAACAGUGUCCUCUGGAGGCGGGGCUCCACAGCAGCAGCAAGGUCACCAUCCACGAGUGUGACGAGGGGGUGGAGCCUCCGGGCUUCUGGGAAGCCCUGGGGAGGAAGGACAGGAAGGCCUACGACUGCAUGCUGCAAGAUCCAGGUAAAUUCAACUUCACGCCGCGGCUCUUCCAGCUCAGCAGCUCAUCAGGAGAGUUUGUGGCGACCGAGUUUUUCCACCUGUCCAGAGUCCCAGAUCUGGUCAGCUCACUUCCCUUCCUGCAGGAAGACCUUUAUAACGCACCACAGCCUGCGCUGUUCCUGGUGGAUAACUUCCACGAGGUCUACCUGUGGCAGGGCUGGUGGCCUCAGGACAGCGAGAGUCCCGGCUCGGCUCGUAUCCGCUGGGACGCAGACAGGAAGUGCGCCAUGGAGACCGUGCUGCAGUACUGCAAAGAGAAAAACGAGAAGAAGCCUCAGAAGUCGUACCUGAUCCACGCCGGUCUGGAGCCGCUCACCUUCACCAACAUGUUUCCCAGCUGGGAGCACAGAGAGGACAUUGCCGAGAUCACCGAGAGGGAGGCAGAGGUGUGUAACCAGAUCAUCCUGGUGGAGGACGUGUUGGCCCGGCUGUGCCAGAACACUUUCCCCCUGGCCCAGCUGCUGGCCCGGCCGCUGCCCGAGGGCGUCGACCCGCUCCGCCUGGAGCUCUACCUCUCCAACCAGGACUUCGAGAAAGCAUUGGAAAUGACGAGAGAGGAAUACGAAAGUCUGCCAGGGUGGAAGCAAGUGAACCUGAAGAAGGCCAAAGGACUGUUUUAACGUGAAGAAGACGGUAGAGUACGUGAAGCGGACAGUGGAGAUGGGAAUGGCAGGAAAUGUCUUUUACCCCCCCCUGAUUUGGGUGGAUUUGAAGUCCGAGGACGUUUGCUUGAAGGCUCGCGGUGACCUCGAAGGCGUCACGAGAAGCAGAGGAAGACUCGCGGGACGUGGAGGACGAGCCUCGCGGCGCACUAGCCUUGCUUAUAGUCAUGUUUUACCUUUCGACUGUCUAAUUACUUAAGGAAAUCCAGUUCAAGUGGUUCGACGGAAGGCGAAAGCCACACGAUAACCUCGCUUCGGUUCAUACAUGGUGUACGUGUGUAUGUGGCGUCUCCUACAAGCACUUAACUCGCCGCUCAUGCCAUGGACUCGUGAAA